CAACCCCCGCAGGGUUCCCGGAUGUGCUUUCCCAGCCUCCAUCUUCUAAGUCUUGGAAGGCAUUUUGCGAGGAGGCGCGAUCUAGGUCAGCCGAGGGAAGUCUUAGAUCCAACCAGUUCUCAAGAAAAGGCAGGCGCGCCACCCCGAGGGCCUAGAAGUCUUCUGGCGACAGAGGAGGCUGAACCGGCGCUGCAGCCAGGGAGGCGGCACUGGGCUUCCUGGGGAGCCCGUCACAGGCAGGGCCUAUUCACGACGCAGGAAGGGCCAAGGUUGGCCUGCAGCUCUCCGCCAGGACCAGACGUCUGCAGGGGCUCCCCUGAAAGCCGGCAGUGCUGGUUCAGGGGUUCCAGGAACCAGGAGUUGAAGACCAGGGUCUGAGUUCCACUUCUAAACUCAGCACAGCAGAGGAGGCCCAGGCAAAGCUAGGAGUCAAGGUUCCCACAGAGCAAACGCCCUAGGAAGACAGGUGAUCUGUGAGGCCUAGAGUACCAUCUUAAGAGAAGGAGAGUUGUAAGGCAGCCUUUGUCAGAGCCAUCAUGGCAGACAAGGAGAUGCCUGCUGCUGGGAUGCCGAGUCUUCUCCAGAGUUCUCCUGAGAAUCCUCAGAGUCCACCGGAGGGGCCUGACCAGUCUCCUCUCCAGAGUCCUGUAAGCCCCUUCGUCUCCUCCACUUCAUUGAGUCUUCAGAGUCCUCCUGAGAGUCCUCCUGAGAGUCCUCAGAGUCCACCUGAGGGGCCUGUACAGUCUCCUCUCCUGAGUCCUGUGAGCUCCUCCUCCACUUCACUGAGUCUUCCCCUAAGGUCCCCUGAGUAUCCCAAGAUUCCUCCUGAGGGGCUUUCCCAGUCUCCUCUCCAGAGUCCUGUGAGCACCUUCGUCUCCUCCACUUCACUGAGUCUUCAGAGUCCUCCUGAGAGUCCUCAGAGUCCACCUGAGGGGCCUGUACAGUCUCGUCUCCUGAGUCCUGUGAGUUCCUCCUCCACUUCACUGAGUCUUCCCCUGAGUUCCCCUGAGGAUCCCCAGAGUCCUCCUGAAGGACCUACCCAGUCUCCUCUCCAGAGUCCUGUGAGCACCUUCGUCUCCUCCACUUCAUUGAGUCUUCAGAGUCCUCCUGAGAGUCCUCAGAGUCCACCUGAGGGGCCUGUACAGUCUCCUCUCCUGAGUCCUGUGAGCUCCUCCUCCACUUCACUGAGUCUUCCCCUGAGUUCCCCUGAGUAUCCCCAGAGUCCUCCUGAGGGGCCUGCCCAGUCUCCUCUCCAGAGUACCCUGAGCCCCUUCCUCUCUUUCACUUUGUUGAAUCUUUCCCAGAGUUUCCCUGAGAGUCCUCAGAGUCCUCCUGAGGGGCCUGCCCAGCCUAUUUUCCAGAGUUUUGUGUGCUCCUUCUCCACUUCACUGAGUCUUCUCCAGAGUUUCCCUGAGAGUUCUCGGAGUUCUCCCGAGGGGCCUGUGCAGUCUCCUCCCCAGAGUCCUGUGAGCUCCUCCUCCUCCAGUUCAUUGAGUCUUCUGCAGAGUUCUCCCGAGAGCCCUCAGAGUCCUCCUGAGGGACCUGCCCAGUCUCCUCUCCAGAGUGCUCUGAGCCCCUUGAUCUCUUCCACUUUGUUGAAUCUUUUCCAGAGUUUCCUUGAGAGUCCUCAGAGUCCUUCUGAGGGGCCUGACCAGCCUGCUUUCCAAAGUUCUGUGUGGUCCUUCCCCUUCACUUCACUGAGUCUUCUCCAGAGCUUUCCUGAGAGUCCUCAGAGUCCUCUUGAGGGGCCUGCCCAGGCUAUUUUCCAGAGUUUUGUGUGCUCCUUCUCCACUUCACUGAGUCUUCUCCAGAGCUUUCCUGAGAGUCCUCAGAGUCCUCCUGAGGGGCCUGCACAGUCUGCUCUCCUGAGUCCUGUGAGCUGCUCCUGCACAUUACUGAGUCUUCCCCAGAGUUUCCCUGAGAGUCCUCGGAUUCCUCCUGAGGGGCUGUCCCAGUCUCCUCUCCAGAGUCCUGUGAGCUCAUUCUCCUCCUCCUCCCUUUCCUCCUCCUCCAGUUCAUUGAGAUUUCUCCAGAGUUCUUCUGAGAGUCCUCACAGUCCUCCUGAGGGGCCUGCACAGUCUGCCCUCCAGGAUCCUGUGACCUCCUUCUCCUUCAGUCCACUGAGUUUUCCCCUGAGUUCCCCUGUGUGUCCCCAGAGUCCUCCUGAGGGUCCUUCCCAGUCUGCUCCCCAGGGUCCCGUGAGCACCUUUUCCUCCUGUCCAUUCCCUCUUACCCUGAGUUCCCCUGAGUGUCCCCAGAGUCCUCCUGAGGGGCCUUCCCAGUCUGCUCUCCAGGGUCCUGUGGGCUCUUUCUACUCCUCCACUUUAUGGAACCCAUCCAGUGAAGAGUCCAGCAGCCCAGCAGAUGAAGAUACAAGAACCUCAGACACCUUACUAGACAGUGAGUCCUUGACAGAUAAUGAGUCCCCGACAGCCACUGAGCCCUUGUUUGCUCAUACACUGGAUGAAAAGGUGGAUGAGUUGGUGUGAUUCGUCAGCAGGUACAGGGGCUACUUUCCUAUGAUCUUCAGGAAAGCCCGUGAGUUCAUAGAGAUUCUUUUUGGCAUUGCCCUGACAGAAGUGGGCCCCGACCACUCCUAUGUCUUUGUAAAUACAUUAGACCUCACCUGUGAAGGGAGUCUGAGUGAUGAGCAAGGCAUGCCCCAGAACCGCCUCCUGACACUUAUUCUGAGUAUAAUCUUCAUAAAAGGCUCCUGUGCCUCUGAGGAGGUCAUCUGGCAUGUGCUGAAUGGAAUAGGGGUAUGUGCUGGGAGGGAGCACUUCAUCUUUGGGGAGCCCAGGGAGCUCCUCACUAAAGUUUGGGUACAGGAACAUUACCUGGAGUACCGGUAGGUGCCCAACACUUCUCCUCCACGUUAUGAAUUUCUUUGGGGUCCCAGAGCCCAUUCAGAAAUCAGCAAGAGAAAAGUAGUAGAGUUUUUGGCCAUGCUAAACAAUACCGUCCCUCGUUCCUUUUCACCCUCAUACAAGGAUGCUUUGAAACAUCUAGAAGAGAGAGCCCAGGCCACAAUUGACACCACAGAUGACUCCACUGUCACAGACGGUGCAAGCUCCGAUGUUUCCCAGCCCGUCUUCCCCUGAGCAAAGUCUAAGGCAGAAUCUUCCUUUUGAGUGUGAACAGGGCAGGCGAGUUUCUAUGCCAUGGAGGGCCCGGGUGAAGCUGGCGAGAACAGAGUGUUUGCGUUUCUGUUCCAUAUGGUAGUUAAGGGAUUUACCUAUUUUACUUUGGGGUAUUUUUCAAAUGUUUUCCUUUUAAUAACAGGUUUAAAUAGCUUCAGAAACUUAGUUUAUGGAGUUUAUGAAUAUUAGUCACACAUGUGCUGCUGUUUAACUGGUUUAGGGGUAACGGUUUGAUAGUUUGUAAAACACACACACACACACACACACUCACACACGAUUGGGAAAACCUGCCUUUUCUGUGGUCUGUCACACUUUAAUAUGGUAUUACUGUAGCAAUUUUCUUUAAACUGUAAAAGAACUCUGGAGUUGAAUAGUGGAACAAAACAAAGGAUUGUUAAUAUUUGCAUUUCCUCAUACCCUUUAGUCUGCUGUUCUUGAAAAUUAAAGAUACGUACCUGGUUUUCUUGGCUUGUUUAAUAAAGUAGCAGAGAUUAAAUGAUAAUAAAUAAAAAUAUCACGGACUCCUUUAUUUGACGAACAUUAUAUCAGCAUUUGCUCAUGGAAGUUACGUUUAGUAGUGAAGUUACUAUUAAAAGCAAGACUUACACCUACUCAUAGAACGGUAGAGUAUAGGUACAGAAGCCAUAUCGGAAACUUGGUAAGAUAUUUCUCUUCAAUCUAAAGAGUAAGUUUAAAAAGGAGUGGGGCGGUGAGACUCCAGUUGGAGCCUUCAAACAAAAAGGCCCUGAGCUAAGGCAGUUUUGGGCUUCGGGAAACUGCACUUGCUUCUGUGGGAGCUGAUUUUUAUGAAGCUGGGUGGUGGCGGGGCCCAGACUCUCAGAAGGUGAGAGAAAAGCCUGGAAUGGAAAGCUACUUGAGCAGUUCCCUCUGGGUGAAGGAUGAGGCAGAGAGGAGUCUCCACAUGGGGAAGUAAUGGGAGGUGUCCUGCAGCUCUUGUGCACUUGAACACAGUACUUUUGUCCAGCCCCAGGACUUUCCCCCGUUAUAGCACUGUCCUUUCGAUCUCCCGUGUGCUCUCGUGCAACUAUGGAACCUGGCCUGCUGACCAGCUUGUCACCGUGUUUCCCACUCUGAAGGCUGUACCCAGCUCUCAGUGCCAGACGCCAUUGACAUCUACCCUUCCCCUAACAUAGACCACUCUUUGUCUCUGCAGAAGUUCCCUGACUGAUCCAUCCCUCUCCCUGGCUCCUCUGUGAUAACAGACUUUGAUGUGAAUAUACACUUUGAAUAGUGACAUUUCCAUACAUAUGCUGGGCAUCUUCACCACAUUCUCAACAUAUUUCCAAAUAGACUGCAGAGUAAAAUCUAAU